CAUGAAUCAUGGAUCCUGGCAUCAGCGCCUUUGAUCUACUAUGCAAAUAGGACGCCAAUGGACACAGUCAUACAUGUAUAUAUGUAGGAGUAAGCCUGUUAAUUGCUCUCUCUUUGGCGGCACAACUAGAGAGAAAUGCAUUAUCGGAAGAGAGACUUUAGCAAGCAAUAGUUAUAUGGUUGAAAAUCUUCGACAACCAAAGGAUUAUGCAAAUGUGACCGUCAUCGCACUUUUUAAGUGGAUAACUCAUCGUUUUUCUUCUCAGCAGCCAGUACCACCCGCUUUGCCUCAUGAAAUACUUUAUACCCACCCAGUUAUCCUCAUCGCGUCGUCCCGAGCUGUUACCUGGGGAAUCGCUGCUCGUACAACAAGGAAACACCGGGAUUUAUGAAGGGAAGCACAAAGUCGAUUCUUGCCAGGACGGCAUAUCUUAUCUGACGACGCACCGUAUUAUAUAUGUUGAUAAGCAAAAACCAUGGGAGAAUUCGGUGGAAUUGUCGCUGGCCAAUGUCAAGGACUUAGAAAGCUAUGGUGGAUUUCUUCGUUCCUCGCCCAAAGUCAUUCUACAGCUGGACAUGUCGGUUCAGUCACCGAAAAAAAGUCAUCUCACCGCUAGAACGUCUUCAUCUCCGGCAUUGGUUUCCACGGGGAUAUGGGUAUGUUCUGUAUGUUCCUUUUCCAACAAGGCCUCAACGGAUAAAUGCGAGCUGUGCGGUGUACGGAAAUCGCCUUCACAAACCGCCACCUUGGAGGUCCAAAGUUCUGCAGCCGAUACGGAUGAAAAUCAACUUGUAUGCCGCUUAUGCACCUUUUUAAAUCAUCCCAGCAUGACCCAGUGUGAAAUGUGCGGUGCCGAAUUACCCACCGUUUCGUUGUCGCCCUCUGUAUCCUCCACACCAUCCACACCUACCUCUCACUCCAAAUCAACCGACACUUCCGAAACACCUCAAGUCCGAAUCGCUUUUCGCCAAGGAGGACACUCUGGAUUCUACAGCAAAUUAAAAACGGCAUUGCAUGGUCGAGCUUGGGAAAAGAUAACUGAAGAAUCUCCUAAACCCACAUCACCGGUAUCCGGACGAGGAGUAGGCAUCAGUGCUAUCCAGGGCCGCAUUCAACAAUCAACCCAAGAAGCCAAUGCAACCAUGACGGACGCGUUUCAGGACCUUGACCGUUUGAUCGCCAAGGCAACCGACAUGGUAAAACUGGCAGAAUCCAUCUCAACAAAAAUGAGCAAAGACAAUGAAAACAGUGACAGCGAUAUGUCGACGCUUCGUGGUUAUCUGUUGAACUUGGGUAUCGCAAGUCCGGUAACGAAAGGAUCUGCUGGAUCCAUAUAUCAUCAAGAAUUGGCACGAGAACUUGCCGAAUUCCUGGGAAAGUUUCUGAAUGAGAACAACGGGAUGAAGCCAUUGACAGAUAUCUACUGUAUCUUCAAUCGGGCCAGAGGCGUUGCACUCAUAUCACCGGAAGAUUUAUACAAGGCGAGUAUGCAAUUUGAAGCAUUGCAUUUGCCUUUUCGGCUCCGGAGGUUUGCUAGUGGGCUCUUAGUGAUCCAGUCGCUUCACAUGGACGAUGAUCGAGCAGCCCAGCGCGUGCUCAACUAUGUCAAACAACAAAGCGGUCAUAUCACUGCCCUACGGCUUGCCGAGCUAGAAAAUAUCGCGCUCGUCGUGGCUACUGAGCAGCUUUUGAUCUCUGAAACCAAAGGAUUAUUGUGUCGUGAUGAAGGCCCAACUGGUCUGACGUUUUACGAGAAUAAAUUUCUGUCUGUAUGAAAAGCAAUAUGACCACACAGUUGGGUCCCUUCAAAGCAACUAUCGUAGCAACCAUAACAGAGUCAUCCAAUGGGAAGCAAGUCAUCUGUACAAUGGCUACUAGUCAUUGAGAGGUUUUUUUUUUUUUCAUUUUCGUUUGUUAAUGUGAAAGAUAAGGAGAUCUUGGCUUCUUUUUGACUUUCCGGAUAAUGGAGAUAUCCAC